CUCAGCGACAACUCUCCAGCGCCCUACCACAAGUCCACGCCACAGACAUUGGAAGACCUGACAAAACCUGAAAAGAACAUAGAGUUUCGAUUGGUGGGGUGCUUGUAAUUUUGAUGGAGUUGAAGGGGAGAAGCCUUCAGGCUCUUAUUGGGAGAGCCAGGGCUUUGCAAGCUGGCGUUUCUGAUGAAAUCAGAGAUUGUUACAGCUUCUGCAGGUUGUGUUCAGAAAAUGGUCGUCUCUGUCAUGUUGCAGAGACAUCAUUCCAGGAGAGGGAGAGAUUGAUUGCCAUUAGAGAUUCAUUAAAAGAAGCUGAGGACGUGCUUAUGCUUUUACAGAGAUUAAGAUCUUGGCAAAUAGUAGACAGAGAUGCAGCCCUUAAUCGCUUAGAAGAGAGCAGAAUAAUUCUAAUCGAGAAAAUGAAACAAUAUCCUGCAGGAAGAUCCAUUGAUGUAGUAAAAGAGCUGAAUGCUUGGCUUAACAGUGGAAAGAUCACUGCUUUUGAUUGGAACUGGAAUGGGGAAAUCAACAAAGAAGUGGAUUCUAAUAAAGGGACAAGAAGUGGGUUCAUCAGUUUUUGCAUUAGAAUGCUAAUUGAUCCAUGUAACUGGCAGAAGGCAAUUGGGGUGGCAGCCAAAUUGGUUGUGAUUUCAGCAAGCAUUUCAUCUACAAUGAGGCUUUGUCAUGCGAGGCAACAACAGUAUUCUGCUCAAAGUAAAGAUACAGUACCUUCAGUUUCGGAUAGACCUCUUGAUGUUUUCCAUGGAAGGGGAUGACUUGUCUCCACUGAUUCUCACCGUUUUAACGUUAUACACAGUUUUAGUUCUCUUGGUUUGAAUGAUACUAUUUUUUUAACUGUAUAGUACCAAUUAGGGUGGGUUUUUGGUUUUUUCCAACUCCCAAAUAUUUCUUGAGUUUUCCCUUGUAACUUUACCCCUACUCCAAGAUUACUCUUUUGCACUUUAUUCUCCCGUGUCAACUUCCCGCCUUGCUCAACAUUUUUAGCAUGUAAAAUGCUGUUAGUGGUUACCCAACAAUUUAAUCGGUGAUCGAUUUUAUAUUUAAUGAGAGAUAAUAGACAUGGAAGUGGACCAAAUUUUAAAAACCAAAUCAAAUCAGACCAAAUCAAAAGGCGGACUGCUGAUUUAAUUAUUAAAAAACGGAUCCACGUGGUGGGCCGAUUGGGAGGCCCAAUCUAGAUACGAACCACACAUACAAAGGAGAGAUUUUUCCUUGGUCCAGAGUCCAUCACUGUGGCCCUCUUUGGCUGUGUGUGGAGUAGUAGCAGAGGCGUACACCUCAGGCUGAGAGUCGGCGCAGCACCAAUUGUUUGGCGCCCUUAUUUCCACGCCACGAAUCACGUCGUUUUCUCUUCUAUAUGCUUAUUGCUUUGCUCCUUUGUCCCAUGCAAAUUAAGAAACCUCCUGAUAUCAACUAAAUCGAAGAUUUUCUCUGUUUUCCUUCCAUAAAAAAUCAUCGUAAUCCCUAAGCUUAAUUUCCAUAAUUGAGGUUUGACAGCUGUGUCAGAGUUGGCGUCUUCCGUCGCAAAAUUCAAAUAUGGCUUGCUUUUGCGAACCCGAAAUCCCUUAUGAUUAAUCCAAGGGGCUUUUGUUUUUUAAAAAUAGGGAAAAUCCCAUAUGGUGGGAGGUUCAAGGCAGAGCUUGCCUUCGUGGAUUAGCGCAGCAGCGGCGUCCAGAGUCGAUAUUGAUGGGAAUGUUUCGUCUGUUUCAGACACCAUGUUUUAUUCUAAUGCUGUUAAAAAGGAUGAUUCCAAACCGGUGUCGUUAGAUGCCAAUUUGGGUUUGAUGGAGAGGGCCUUCUCUGCCGCUGGUGCUGCCGUUGUCUCCGCCAUCAUCGUUAACCCUCUUGAUGUCGCCAAGACAAGGUUGCAAGCACAGGCCGCUGGAGCUCCUAGUCAGGGAAUAUGUAGAGCUUCUUGUUUGGACGCAAAUAAGAUGCUUCCGGGUCUGAAAUAUGCGGUACCUGAUUCCGAACCAAUGUGCACUGCAGAAUGUAGCAGGUAUAAGGGAACGCUGGAUGUCUUCUGUAAAGUGAUUCGCCAGGAAGGAUUUGGAAGACUGUGGAGAGGCACAAAUGCAAGCUUAGCUUUGGCUGUGCCGACUGUGGGAAUCUACUUGCCUUGUUAUGACAUUUUCCGGAAUUUAAUGGAAGAUUUUACAAAUCAGAAUGCUUCAGCCUUGACACCAUAUGUACCAUUAGUUGCAGGGUCAGUUGCACGGUCAUUAGCUUGUGUGACUUGCUACCCUGUGGAGUUGGCAAGGACCCGCAUGCAGGCAUUUAAAGAAAUCCAAAAUGGUAAAAAGCCUCCGGGAGUGUGGAAGACACUAAUUGAGCUGAUUAAGCCAGUUAAGAGCUCAAACAAUCUUCAAAAGAUGCAAAGUUAUCGCAUACUGUGGACUGGCCUUGGAGCACAACUUGCUCGUGAUGUUCCCUUCUCUGCAAUAUGCUGGUCAACCCUUGAGCCUAUUAGGAGAGGAAUUCAUGAUCUUGUGGAUGAUGAAGGCAGUGUAGCGAGUGUCCUUGGGGCAAACUUUUCUGCUGGUUUUGUUGCAGGAACUCUGGCAGCUACUGCUACAUGUCCAUUAGAUGUUGCAAGGACCAGAAGGCAGAUAGAGAAGGAUCCAUCUAGAGCAUUAAAUAUGACAACAAGAAAAACAUUGCAAGAAAUCUGGAGGUAGACACCUUGUCUGAUGACUGUUGUGCAAGGCUAUUCCUACACGGAAAAGUUGCCUACAUAUCCUGCGCUAUUAGGGGUGAUAUUAUUAUAGCAUUCGGUUCCUACUAUAUGAAGAAGUGGAAAUUAGCUUCAGGGGCAAUCUUUUGGGUAAAAAGAGCCACCAUGUAGUAAAUUGUUAUAUGGCUUUGAUGCUUUAUUACAUGCCUAAUUUGCCCUGCCACUCCAUAAUUUUUAGGGUUGAAACCAUCAGAUGUUAGUUGCACUUGCACCUCCAGUUAUUAGGCUUGAGACAUAAAUUAGUUGUUCAAUUAUACCAUGUGCUAUUCAUGAUUGUUGGUUUUGAGCGAGUGAGUGAGCUUUGAAUUAGAGUGUGGUGUCCUAAGUUCCAUGUCGAACAGGGAUGGCGGGUUGAAGGGAUUGUUCACAGGAAUUGGACCCCGUGUUGCACGCACUGGCCCUUCUGUUGGGAUAGUUGUUUCCUUUUAUGAAGUUGUCAAGUAUAUGAUACAUCGGAGACACCAACUUACAAAUUGAAGAUGAUGAUUCUGCCACUUCUACCAUUCACAAAAAAUGUGGAUUGCACCGCAAGUUUAUUCCGUUGGAUUGCUGGGCCCUGGAAUUUCCAGCCUGCCAUAAUUAUUUUCCCUUUCAGUUAUGUGGUGUAAUUAUUCUUUUCUCCAGCUAAAUGCCCGAUUUGAAGUUGUAAUGUGUAAACGCAGCUUAAGAAUAAUAAUCAUAAUAAAGAAUUGAAUUAUAACUACAA